AUUGCCGAGUCAAACCGAUUUCUCUCAAUUUCUCUUUUCUUGCAUUUUAGCAACUCAAAUAUUUUUAUUCGUAUUUAAAGUAUUAUUCCAAUAUCCAUGUGAACAGCUAUCUAUAAACAUAGACUAACCUCGUUUUUUUUAGUCUCAAUUAAAAUUCGAGUCGCUCGCACAUGAAACUGAACAUACAUAAUUUUUUUUAACUUGUUUUCGACGUGUACACAGUUUUAAUUACAAAGGUUAAUGAGUUGCGUUUUGAAGUCGAAACGAAGCUGUUCACAAUAAUUGCCUUAAAACAUCAAUUGAAUAAAAAAUGAAUUUAAACAGCAUUUUAUCGCCAAGGGCAAUGGUUGGCGCCGCGAUAGUGGGUAUUGUCGGUGCUGCUGGUGUGUUUAUAUAUGAACAAGUGUAUGCUGAAAAAAGAAGAGCUAUGCUGAUAAAUGAGGUGGCCCGUCUGGACAGACAAGUUGCCUCUAUGAGGUCAGAGCUUGAGGCGCUCCGGGAACUACAGAAAGAAAGUCAGCUACGCAGACUGAAACAGAAGAGAGUUCCCAGGAGAGAGAAGAAGAGUAAGCAGGCCAGCGGAGACACCGUGGACGCUCCCGAAGUCAGCUACGCUUCGGAUUCAGAGUAUUUCACGGAUUAUCAGUCUGUUUUAGGAACAGAUGGCGAAAUGGACAGCGAAGAAUUUUACGACGUACACACAGACGAGGAAGACGACACAUUAAGAGAAGAUAUACAGAGGAAUGGUCAUGUGGAACCCAACGCGUUAGAUGAGGACCCAGCGUCAUCACCCAAAUCACCCCGGAAAAAUGGUCCUGCACAAUGAGCAUUAAUGUUAAAUAUGGGUCUGGUCUAGUUGGGAAUAGAACUUGUGUACCACCGUAGCUGUAUCUAGUUUUAAUGUAAUAUGGUGCCGCUAUAGAACUUAGCAUUUAUACAAGUGGGUUAGCUUAGCUUUUCAUUGUAAGAAAGAAGAAUAUACCGGCAUAACCCUCCUUUUUCAUCAGGUUAAAGUCAAAGUCAAUCAAUUUAUCAACUCAAAUAUUUUCAUACUCAUUAAUUGUCUCUGCCAAUUCCCAUGGAGCAAUACAAUUUGCAAUGGAGAUAUUCAAUGAAAUCUUAUUUAAAUUCUCAAUUUAAUAUUAUAAUUAUUGAAUUUUUAAAAUACUAGUACUCAAUUUAAAAUAGCCUUUUAAUCAUGUAAGAGUUAUGUCAAUAAUUUGACAUGAAAUCAGCUCAUUGAAAUUGUAUGUCAAAUUAUUUUGACAUAUUGUUGAAUUUGACAUUUUAGGUAGUCUGUUAAGGUGCUUACAGAUUAUGUAACAAUGUUCUAUAACUUUUUUGUAUAACACAUCCUCCACAUUAUUUGACAUUGUUAUACAACUUUGCAACAUUUAACAAUACUGGACAUAUUACAAUAAUAAUGUUAUAUAACAUUUGAAAGUAACAAUAAUAACCUGAUAAAUAACUUAAAUACUUAACAUGUUUUAUAACAUUUUUUUGUCCACAUUACUGAAACAUUGUUACAUAACAAUGUUAGUAAACAUGCUAUAUAAUCUGUUCGCACCGUUAUAGUCAUGUUUUUAGGUGAAGGGGCGUGUGUUGUAUAAAUAUAUAAAUUUUUCAUGGUGAAUUUAGUUACAUAAAUAAUUGCGUGUGGAGGGAAUAAGGGAAUAUAUGUAUUGCAGAGAUAGAUCUUUUUAGAUACCGCCAGUUCACUCCUUUAUGUGUACACCUAGAUGUUUUUUUCUUAAAAAUUUAAUUAAUAUUUAACUAAAUGAUCAUAUUUAAAAUGAAUGUAAGUCUCAAUAUGAACUAAUCCUUAUUGCGAAGUAAAAAAUCUUGGAAAUCGAGCGAACUGCGAUUGCAGGCAUCGUUUUUUACUUUUGGUAGACACAGCUUCAUUAUACUUUAGUUAAUAACGAUUAAGAUCCGGAACGAAACACUUUCGAAAAGAUGUAAAUACACUUGCGGGAUCUAUCUAUGGAAUAAAUAGUGUAAUUGAAAAAAGGUGACAAUUAUUUAUUCGGGAAAUUAGUCUAUUUUGACAGCUGUCAAAUGUGUAUUUUAUGCGUCGCUUACUUAUAUCCUAUUAAUUGUUGUUAAAAUGAACUCAUUUUUCGGCUUUAUAUGAAAUUAAAUUAUUGAAAAUGAAUUUUAUAUUUAUUAAUGCCGUUCGUUUGCCGCGUUGUAUUUUUAACCCAGUGGUAACUUGCCAUUGGUAAAGAUAUAUUUUUUUUCUCGAACCUAUUUAGGGUUCGUAAAAAAAAAUAUAUCUUUGCCCUGGGUAUAAGAUUAAAAAAAAACCCUUUUUACCAGAGCUUUGCUUCCGUGGAAAAUCGUCUGAGGAAAAUCGGACCAAAACUGAUUUAGUAGAACAUUUCUCGCACUUACAAUUUCAUUUAAGGCACAUUCGGUUGAAUACAAUAGAAUAGAUUUAUUUUCAAAAUUGGAUACAAGGUAUCACUUAUUGACGUCUCUUAUUAAAUGGUUUCAAAGUUUUUGUAUAAUAAUAAUUUUUUUUUUUCAUAUAUUAUUUAUGACAUUUAUUAUUAAAAUAUGAAUUAAAUUAUGAUUUUAAAAUAUUUUUUGCAGUCUACCAAGAUAUUAAUUACCUCUGAAUUUUUCUUAAGAUCUUAGAUGCAAAUUUAGCUAGAUAAUACCAGUUCGAUGAUUACUAUGAAAAAAAAACGUGUAAAGUAUUUUUUUUGCUGAAAAAAUAACAAUGCGUAAUGAAGUAAUGAAACUGCUAGAUUUACAAGGCAACAAUAGAUGUUUUUUUUCUGCAAAUCACUAUCACUUUCCAAUACUUCAUUUGUUAUCCUUGUGCCACGCGAUUUGGCACGCAAAAAAAAACACACUUGCGCUGUCUAGCUAGAUAUGUCUGAGUCUGAGUAUAAAGUCAACUAAAUUGAAUUAAGUGCGUUAAAACCUUAGUUUGAUUAUCAUGCUAAAUUAAUUAAUAUUUACGAAUUAAAUUACUACCUCUGUUAUAGAUCUGUCGAUUUGUAAUAUUCUAGUACAUUUGGGAGCAAAUAAACCCCUCUAUGAAAAAAGAAAUCAGAACAAAGUUGGACUGUAUUGUACAACAAUAAGGUCAAAAAUCACUUAAAAUUGUUUAGAAAAAAAAUAUAUGCAUUCCACUAUGCCCCAUAUAAAUAUAUUCUUCAAUAUAAAUUUAUUUUGUGUAAUGAUUUCUGUUUCAUAUUUUUAUAUAUUGAAUAAGAAAUAAGAUAAGAACUAUCAAAAAAAUUAAAAUACCAUCCAGCGUUUUCACUCGCGUUAAUAUUUACUAUGUGUUAUAUUUACUGUAAAGUUUCAUCCAAAUCAAUUUGUCUACCUUCCAUCACGAUAUAGUAUCCUGUGAACUACCUAAUCCAGGAAGGCUGGAAGUUCUUAUUUCUUAAUUCUUAUGGAGUUCUCGAGAAAAAUAUAAGAGUGAUCCUAUUCAAGAAUGCCGGGAACCACACGGCACGUAAACCUAUACAGUAUACAUUGUCAAGCUAUGUUAAAAAAGUCAUCGAUAUUAUAGAAGUCUUAUAGAAAAAUGCCUUAUAAUAUGUACUUCCAAAAGUAAGCUGUAACUAUAGUAAAUUGAUUUAAGUACAUACUUAAUUAUAGGUAAAUAAUCUUGGUACCUAUGUCUUUUUAUCAAAAAAACAUUUCUUACUAGGAAAUUAAUCAUGUCAUCUAUGUUACAUUACAUGUUAUAUUUUGUUUUUAAUGUAUUUUCUACAAAAAGAGGGAUCAAGAUUGUUUACUUAAUAUUUAAGUAUCCAAACCGAUGGAAUAUACAUAGUAUUGUAUAAGGCGACUUAGGAAUAGGCUUUUAUACUUGUGAUUAUUUUAGGCGACGGGCUAGCAACCUGUCACUAUUUGAAUCUCAAUUCUAUCAUUAAGCCAAACAGCUAAACGCGGCCUAUCAGUCUUUUCAAGUCGUUGGCUAUGUCUUUCCCUUAGUCGCCUUUUAAGUUCUGGCUAGGAAUAUUAAUUAAUCUCGUUACAAACAUUUAAACUUAU